GAUUGCAAGAUACUACAUAAUGGUCAACAUAUAGCUGAGAAAGAUUAAAAUUUUCCCCAUGCAUACUUUUUGUUAACAAAAUGUGUAAAAUAAUUAUUUGUCCAUGAUAACUGGUUUGCAUGUGACAGACUUGCCCAUAGUUAUGUAGUGUUUUUCGAACGCAAGCUACCUUUUCGUACACAAUAUUAUCUGGAACUAAAAGCUUCACAUGCACUUUCGCUCUGUCAUUCUGCAGUAAUAAUUUGUGUAAAUGAUUAAUGUCUAUUUUAUUUGAUUCAUGCCAAAUAUUAAAAGAACAAUUUAUGUAGCAAACCCUUCCACCAUUAAAAUCUUAACACAACACUUCUAUGCAGCCAUGAUAUAAUGUUUUAUUGCAAUAUCUUUCAGUGGAACACCUGCAGGCAAAAUUUGCCAGUUUGCGAAAUAUGUUUGCGAGGGAACUUCGCAAGAAGAACCAAACUAAAAUAAGCGGGGCGGGCACUGAAGAUCUGUACCGGUCUACAUGGCCCUAUUUUCAGCACCUGCAGUUUUUGCUGCCUGUAAUGUCCAUCACAAAACCCACAGUGACAAACUUGGAUACAGAUACACCAGUGUCUGAAGGGGAGAUGGUGACUGAAGAGGACCAAAAUGAAGCUCAAAUUCAUACAAGUUCCGAAGGGGUGGGGAACACUUCCAUCGAAUGGGAGGAUGGAAAUGCAAUGGCAGAAACUGCAGAGACACCAGAACAAAACUUUGUAAAAAGUAAUAAAAAAAGAAAACGAAAUGCAUCUGGUGACCUUACUGACUGUGUCCUACAGUAUUUCCAAAAGAAAAAGCAAGAAGACAACAGAGAUGUAAUGUCAUUUAACAACGCAGAUCAUGUAUGGGCAAUGCAUCUUGUACAUGGCACCUCAAAGAUAUCAAAUGAAUCACAAAGAGAGCUGCUUAAAAUAGAAAUGCAAGAACUUCUUCAGAAGUAUCAGAGAGCACAGUUAAUGAGCAGAGCAACAGCAAUAUGUGAUUAUUUCCUAGGAGACUUCCUAAAAUGA